AGGGCCGGGGUUUCGAUUGACUAUACUCCUACUCUCUCUGGCGUGGUGAGCAGUAAGGCGUACCAGGCGUCAUGCAGUCCCGCGUUCUGGGCUGUUACCUGGCACUUGCGCCCCCGCCUGCUUUAACCUUGGCUUCGCUCACGGCGUUCCCUCUCUCUCCUCUCGCUCUGCUCUUUGGCCGCCCCUCGCCAUGUUCUCCUCCAAAGCAGAGUCCAAUUCACCCGAGUAUGCGCCCUUGGCGCUACACGACGAUGGCGAGGACUCCGUCGCAACUCUUGAAAAGCCCUCCCAGCUGCCCAAGCUUAUCCUCUAUUUCUCAUUCGCCCUAGCACUGCUAUCAGCAGUGAACGUCGCCCUCCUCCCCAUCACACUAUCAAGAUAUCAAGCCUACCCCUUCUCCGACUCCGAGCUCAAGGCACUCCCCUAUGGCGACGCUAGGCUGGGAUUGGAUAGGGCAGCGAGGAUGAUCCCCCCUCCCCAGGUCUAUCACCACGCUUGGCCGGAUAGGAUUGCACGGGUGAGCCGGAAGUUGAAGAACGCCGUGUGGGGUCAGGGGGUGCAGGUGUAUGUUACUGUCGAGGAUUCGGCAAUUAUGCGCUUCCCCAUCCCCUCCACAAGAGUCAACGCCUGCGCGAUCUCCUGGCGGCCGCCUCCCGAGUUCUCUGCGCGUGCCAAGGACAUCACAACCAAGGGGGAUAUAACGGAAAUCGAAGUCUGGCAGCUUAUCGCGCCCUCGGCCACCUCCGCCACUGUCUCUUCCAGUAUAGACGAACUCGACUAUGACACCUUAUCGUACUCGACCCUUCCCGUGCGUGGAGAGCUGCUCGGCGUGCUAGACCUCACAGCUAAGCCGAAUAGCACAACACUGGAGUUCGGAUGUCCCAGUGAGGCGGAGAGUCUGAUAGUGGAGAUGAGGUGCCAGCGCGUGGCGUGUCAUGUGAGCUUUAAGCAGAUUGAUAUGGCGCCGAACUUUGGGUUUGAGUUGGUGAGAAGGAGGAAAUGAGCGGGGCAGGGUGGCUAUGUAGCUUUCAAUCAGUGUCAUUGCUCACGUAGAAUGAAUCCC